UCUUCGCGUACUGACGUCGUCGCAGCCAAAUUCAAUUUCAAUUAUUUUCGUUUUUUCAUGUGGGAAAAAUUAUAAAUAGCCCAGGCAGAGGCAGCAGCAGCAGCAGCAAAAGCAACUCAACCAAAAUAUAGAGCGGCGGAGCGUCAGAUAAGAAACGAGAGGAUCAAAAGCUUAAUGGCCACUGCCUGCCCUGCCUUCACCUUGACAAAUUCCAUAAUCAAAGGCAACAAACAAACAAAAUAUCAGAGCCAAUAUCAAAGUUAUAAAGAAAUUGCAUAAAUCAGUCAGGAGGGGAGGACUUCUAUAGAUACUACAACGAGCCAGCCAGGCAGCCAGCCAGCCAGCCAACGGCGUACAGUGUGUCACGUAGACAGCAGCGGCCGAAAGCUAACAAGUGCCGACACGAAACGAACCAAAACGAAGCGAAGCGAAGCGAAACGAUACGACACGAAACCGACGAGAGAAAGCAGCGAGCCGCAGAGAGUGUCGUUUCUGUCAUUAGCAUCCCUAAGGCAGCCUCUCGUUUGUUCUUCGACUAGCUGGUCUGUCUGUCGGUCGUUCGGGCUCUCUCCAUUCGGCUGCUGUUCGGGCGGCAAAAGCUUUCACGGUGCGGACUAUUUGACGCGGCCGACAAUUGGGACAAGAACAGUCGCCUGCGAUAAGUCGCCCCAAACGCCACACGGUCUUUUUUUUGUACUCGCUCCACGCUCGAUCCAUCUACCCGCCACCACUACUCGUAUUCUGCCGAUUCGCUGAGAGCUGAAAUUCGCGGCGAAAUAAUUUUAGCAACUUGUUAUCCGUCCAUGCCAUGCGCGAUAAAAUAUCACAACUAUUUUGCUUGCAAAAAAACGCAUGCAAAAAUAAUUCAACAGAUAAUACAGGACAUAAUGUGCCAACAAAAGCAACGAACAACGGGACAAUGUGCGCCAAUGGGUCUCUUGGGACAGAAGGGCCCGAAGCGACAGAGACCGACUCAUCAGGGACCGGGCGGAUGCGGAAGCCGCUGGAGAGGAAUGGCUCAACGCAGAACGACGCUGUUCACCUCGAGAGAAGGCUGGGCCUCUUCAGUGGGGUGGCUUUAAUUGUCGGAACUAUGAUAGGGUCUGGAAUAUUUGUGUCUCCCUCCGGUUUACUGGUUCGUACUGGUUCCGUUGGAGUUAGCUUUGCAAUCUGGCUUGCCUGUGGUGUACUCUCGCUUUUGGGCGCUCUGUCAUAUGCUGAACUUGGAACGAUGAACACCUCUUCUGGUGCGGAAUGGGCUUACUUUAUGGAUGCCUAUGGACCGGCGCCGGCGUUCCUGUUCUCAUGGGUAUCGACAUUGGUGUUGAAGCCAUCACAAAUGGCUAUAAUAUGCUUAUCAUUUGCACAGUAUGCCGUUGAGGCCUUUGUGACGGAAUGUGAUCCGCCCAGGGGUGUCGUGAAGAUGGUCGCACUGGUGGCUAUUGUGAUGAUACUGUUCGUGAACUGCUACAGCGUUAACCUGGGCAUGGCCGUGCAGAAUGUGUUCACCGCCGCCAAACUGGUGGCCGUUGUGAUCAUCAUCUGUGGCGGUGCAUGGAAACUGAUGCAGGGCAAUACGCAGCACCUGUCGAAUGCAUUUAAUGGACCGAUGCCAAAUGUCGGAGCGAUUGCCACGGCAUUCUAUACGGGCUUGUGGGCCUACGAUGGCUGGAAUAAUCUCAACUAUGUCACCGAGGAGAUCAAGAAUCCCAGCAAGAAUCUGCCCCGUUCGAUCAUCAUUGGCAUACCGCUGGUGACGCUCUGCUACGCUUUGAUCAAUAUCUCCUAUCUGGCGGCCAUGUCGCCACAGGAGAUGAUCGAAUCGGAGGCGGUGGCCGUCACCUUUGGCAAUCGCAUCCUGGGCGCCAUGGCCUGGCUGAUGCCCCUCAGUGUGACCAUCAGUACGUUUGGCAGUGCCAAUGGCACACUGUUUGCCGCCGGACGUCUCUGCUUUGCCGCCAGUCGAGAGGGUCACUUGCUGGACAUUCUCUCGUAUGUCCAUGUGCGACGCCUCACACCAGCCCCGGGCCUGAUAUUCCACUCGCUGAUUGCCUCGGCAAUGGUGCUGCAUGGCACGAUUGAUUCGCUGAUUGAUUUCUUCAGCUUCACCGCCUGGAUAUUCUACGGCGGCGCAAUGCUGGCCCUGAUCGUGAUGCGCUACACCAAACCCAACUAUCCACGGCCAUACAAAGUGCCGAUCAUCAUUCCCGUUGUGGUAUUGGUCAUAUCCAUCUAUCUUGUGGCGGCGCCCAUCUUUGAGACGCCUCGCAUUGAGUAUCUGUAUGCAUUGCUCUUCAUAUUUGCUGGCCUCAUCUUCUAUGUGCCGUUCGUUAAGCUGGGCAUGACACCGCGCUUCAUGAACAAGGUGACGCUGUUCUUCCAGCUGCUGUUGGAGGUGGUGCCCACCUCAUCGAUGGCCAUGUUCGAGUGAAGAAAAUGCUCAGAAAAAAACAGGAAGAAAGAAAAUAAGGAGGAGAAGAAGAGAAGGUGUCCGAGAGACAAGCAAACAUUCAAACAUUAUUUACUAUACAAGAAUAUAAGAAUACUAUUUGAAGUACAGACACGCGAGAGAAGCAGGGAGCAGAAGGGAGAAAGGAGAAAGGAAAUAGCAACCUAUAUUGAUAUAUAUAUAUAUUGAUGUUGUCAUUGACAAACAAAAUGAAAAACAAAUACUAUUUGAAAUAGUCUUUUUAUGCUAUGAGCUGGUUACAUUCAAAAGGUUAUAUAUGCAUAUACUAUACAGAAAAUAAGUAUAAAAUAUACACCCUCCCACUCCCCCCAUAUAUGUAUAUCUAUAUAUAUGUAUGCAUCAAAAAGGUAGCGCGCCUAGGCAAAAGUUGCAUAGUUGAUAGGAUACCAAAAUAAAUACAUACUACUACUAUACAUAUAUAGUUUAAAGAUUGAGCAAAUGACAAGUGAAACAGAAUGAAAAACAAAAACAACACACACACACACCCACGGAUUUAAGCAAGUUGGAAAUGUCCUUGCAAUGCGGUCCAGAGAGGAUAUGAUGCCCAGUUAGAUGGAUGCAAGGUUGGAAGUACAGUCACCGAAUGAAAGACAGGACAACAACCACCAACAAAACUGAGUACAGUACCCACCUAAAACUAUCCACAACAUCUGGCAACACUCUCGCCGCCCGCCGCAAAAGCAUGCCACCUUUUUUGUUUACCCCCUUCUUUUUUUUUUUGCGAGUUAUAUACAAGUUUAACGAUCUAGAGAUCUGUUUGGAAUAGCAAUAUAUAUGUGUAUAUGUAUGUGGGGAACUUAAGGUUAAAAGCAAACAAACAAACAAACAAAAAAAACCAGAAAAUACAACAAAAAAAAAUUAAAAAAAUAAAAACCAAAACCAACAAAAAAAGAAAAAGCAAUUAAAAAGAACUUCAACGGAAGGAAAGUUUCAUACUGGAAAAAGGAGACGAGACGCGCGAGCGAAUUGUGAAAAUUGUAGGACUGCAAAAUAGGCAUUAAAGAUUUCUAAUUGAUACCAAAAGUAGGGAUCGCAAACAAUGAGAAAAACAA